UCGCGAUUGACGACAACGUGGGGGCUCUUUAGUUUGCAGGGUGCUGACGUGGCGUUUUCCGCCAUUUUUUUUAAAGCUGCUGCUUUCGUAUAAACCUCAAACAGUAACAGACAAACGUUUGAUCUCUCUCUCUCUCUAGCUUUCUCUCUCUUCUUUCUCUCUCUCUCUCUCGUACACCUCAAAAAAACAGCUCUCUAUCCCAUGUUAUUGUUCAAACAUUUUAUUAUCAUUACACAUCCCUUUCAUCUCACUAUUUGCUCGUACUUCUUUUCUUAGACCCCCCUACACCCACCCCCACCCCCACUAUUUUUCUCUAUCUACAUUCAUUUCUGCCAUUUUCUUGUUUAAAGAGCUUGAAUUAUAUUCGAAGCAGCAAAAAAAACGAAACCCAUUUUGUAUUUGUAUUUCAAGAAUGUACCACACGCAGAGCAAUUCGUUUUCCAUGCUUUUCUCCAUGGCCAACGGCGGCGGCGCCGGCCACAGAGGUAAUUACGACGACGGGGAGAUGUACUCUUUCGCAAAUUCCGGCCAUUCCGCCGCGUCGGUGGAUUGUACUCUUUCACUUGGGACGCCGUCCACCCGCGGCGGCGCCGCCGCUAGUGAGACUAACAAUCAUAACCACCAUCAAGAGAAGAAGCGGUCUUCUCUCAUGUCUAACUUCGGCUGGAACAUUCUGCCGUCGAAGCACACUCCGCCGCCGCCGCAGCAGCAUCCGAAGAGCAGCCGCGGCGGAAGCAAUGGCGGUUCUGGCGGCGGCGAUCCUCUUUUGGCUCGCCGGUGUGCUAACUGCGACACCACUUCUACUCCCCUCUGGAGGAACGGUCCCAGAGGCCCAAAGUCGCUAUGCAAUGCUUGUGGGAUUCGGUUCAAGAAGGAAGAGAGAAGAGCCACGGCGGCAGCCGCCAGCAGCAACGGCGGCGGCGGCGCCGCCCAUGGUUCCCACCACGUCGACACUACUCAACAGUACAUGAUGAAUAACGCCACGUGGGCAAAUCAGACACCCCAGAAAACGCCGUGCUAUUCAUCGGCGGCGUACGGGAACGAGUUCAGAUUCAUGGAAGACGGCGUCGCCGGCGGCGGCGGCGGCGAGCAAUUCCUGUCGUGGCGGUUCAACGUGGCGGACCGGCCGAGCCUCGUUCAUGACUUCACAAGAUAGAUCAACCAAUCAACAUAAUUAAUUAAUUAAAAAAAUCAAAAAUUCGAAAAAUUAAUAUCUAGAGCCAAAGAUCACGAUUGAUGGUGACGGUGGUGGUGGCGGAAUCUGAAAGCUAUGGGUCGUGAAAUUCUUUUCUUUUUCAGAUGUUUUUUUUUUAUAUUUUUAAUGUAGUUUCAUAUGAAUCUUUAUUACAUACGUAGAUGGAGUGAAAAUGAGUUAAUUCUAUGUUUGUUUGUCGU